CUCUUUCCCACACUAAGUCCUCCCCUCUCCCUCCCUCCCUCCAACGCCUGGAAGUCCGCGCGCAGAGCCGGCACCGCCGCCAGAGCUUCCAGAGCUUGGGGACCGCGACCCGCACUGUUGGCAAAGACAGGCUCUCAGGUCCCACUUCCUGGUUGUCAGGAGGAAAAGCCAGGCUUUCCUCCCAGGAACAAGGGAGAGAGUCGAGGGCACAGCUGCUGUGGAGGUUCCUAAGGAGACUCGACUGGCUUCUCUCCCUGCUCCCAGGAGACUGGAGACAGGAGGAAACCUCAGGUACCUCAGUGACCCCCGCCGGUGGACGUUUAUAUGAAAGACUGAGGUUAAAAUAGUAAAGACACAGACAGACAGACAGACGGACAAAGAGCAACAGAAACAGGGCAAGAGAUAAAGAGAGGCAGAAACCAAGAUUGUCAGACAGGUGGAGAGCGACCAAGAGUAAGAGACGGAGUUGGUGGGUGGGAAGUGGACUUGGGGAUUUCUUUUAACCCGCUGCGGUUUCCUCUGUGACGGAAGACAGCGGAGCUGCUCCCUGGCCAGCAAGAAGCCCCAACCUGGAUGAGUGAAAGAUGCGGCCUGAUGACAUUAACCCGAGGACUGGGCUGGUGGUGGCCCUGGUCAGUGUCUUCCUGGUCUUUGGCUUCAUGUUCACUGUCUCGGGGAUGAAAGGAGAGACUCUGGGAAACAUACCCCUCCUGGCCAUCGGACCAGCCAUCUGCCUGCCAGGCAUCGCGGCCAUUGCCCUGGCCAGGAAAACUGAGGGGUGCACCAAGUGGCCCGAAAAUGAGCUGCUCUGGGUCCGAAAGUUGCCCUGCUUCCGGAAACCCAAGGACAAGGAGGUGGUGGAGCUGCUGAGGACCCCUUCGGACCUGGAGUCAGGCAAGGGAAGCUCCGAUGAGCUGGCGAAGAAGGCAGGCCUCCGGGGGAAGCUGCCCUCCCAGGGGCAGGCCGAGGUGCCUGUGGCCAGCUCUAUCACUACGCCCACCCCCACGGAAGAAGGAGAAUGCCAGAGCCUGGUCCAGAGCGGGCAGCAGGAGGAGACUUCCAGAUACCUGGACGGCUACUGUCCCUCCGGCAGUUCCCUCACCUACAGUGCCUUGGAUGCCAAGUGCUCAGCCUGGAACAGGUCUGAGAGCCCCGAGCCAGAGGACAGCAUCUUCUUUGUACCCCAGGACAGUAUCAUCGUUUGCUCCUACAAGCAGAACAGUCCCUAUGACAGAUACUGUUGUUACAUCAAUCAGAGCCAAGGCAGGUGGGACCACGAGACGAUAGUCUAAGCUUUGCAUACAAGGGUCGCUGUGCUGAUAGAAACAUGACUACACUCAGCUCCCGAUGGAAGGAAACUACCCGCUCCAACAGCCUUCGCACUGUUAGAGAUUGACCUGGUAUGUGAUGGGUGUGCAAACAUCUGGUGCCUGAGAGCCAUGUAAAUAGGCAUGUUGGGGACACAUUUUAGGGAGGGGUGGAGAGUGUUAAGGACACUGGAAGAGGCAAUGGGUAGGAGAGGAAGCAGUUCCAGUUACUUUUUAACAAUUUAAACUAUGUUGGAUGUUUUGUAAAUAACCCAACAAGUGCCACUCAGUACCUGCUGAAAGCAAGGCAAAUCUUGAGUGGGCUGCAAAAAAACGGCUAUUCAUAGGGACCCCGAGUUGCUUUAGGUCUGAAAAAGAUUGAAAGAAGAAAAAAACAAUGCUUCAUUAUAAGAAAUAAUUAUCUAUUGAAAGCCUUUCACACUUAGUAUUUGUUAAAAGAAGAAAAAAUCAGGACAGAAAAGCUGCAUCCCUCCUUAGGUAGGAUGGUUUCUGGAGAAAGGAGAGUUAA